CUCAACCUAACUCAUUUAAAUCGGGGCGGUCUACAAUUAUCUAAGCCCGGCAUUGCCCUUUUAGUGGAGAACUUUUGUAAAUAUAUAGAUUAGGUCAUUGCCGUUUGGGAGUACGAUCAUAUUCCUGACCCGCCGAUAUCUACAAAUUGCAGAUCCACACAAAACGCAGAAGGUAAGUCAGUUUUUGGUCGUGGCUUGUUUAAACAUAAACAGUUUAGUUUCUCAUAUCGAUGA